UAAACAUUGUCACUCCAAAAAUGUCGCUUGGAGGAAACAGUCGCCCGAAAUUUUCCAUAGAGGACGCCUUCGAGGAGGACGCCGACGAUGUGGUGACCAUGUACGGGGCGACCACUGAGCGCUCCCCACUGAGGCAGGACGUGGGGAGGGGCGGGAGGGGCGGGGAGGAAAACCUGCCUCACUCACUCCUCACUCUGCCCGAUGUGGAUGCCAUCUCCAGGGACAGCGACUCCCUUAUCCCCGGCGAGGGUGGCGGCGGCGGUGGUGGUGGUGGCGGUGGGUUCUCUCCUGCCUCUCAGUGGUGGUUCCGACACCCUAAAGUGAGAGAGAAGUGGAGGAUUGUGGCCGCUGCGUUUGUCCUGCUCCUGGUGGGCCUUGUGCUCCUAACAGUCGGGGUGGCAGUAGAAGCAGUGCCAUUGGAAAAUAUAAGUGGCGCUGUCUUCAUUAUUGCCGGCCUCAUCUGCUUCAUCCCUGGAGCCUACCAUGUGGUGUAUAUCUUGCUGGCUGUUUGGGGGCGACGAGGAUAUGAUUUCUAUAACUUGCCACUUUUUAAUUAAGGUGUGGGGGUGUGCGGGUGUCAGGUGUGUCUGGGGGGGAGUGGCUGUGUUUUAAGUGUAUUUUGGGGUGUUUUGGGUGUUUUUUUGCAAGAUUUCAUGUUUUUGGGGUUUUUUGUGAAUUUGUUGUGGUUUUUUGUUUUUUGGGGUUUUGUGUGUGUGUGUGUGUGUGUGUGUGUGUGUGUGUGUGUGUGUUUGAAAGGGCUAUUGUUUUGGGGGUAUUUUAAAAGAGAUUAAUGUUUAAAAACGUCUGUGUGUGUGUGUGUGUGUGUCUACUUGUAAAGCGCCGUUUUAAAGAAAGUUCAGUGUGCUUUCCGUUUGUGCGUUUGUCCGUCUGUGUGUCCGUUUGUCCGUUCGUUCAUGUGCCAACUUACCAUUAUAUGUAUUGAAGAAAACGCAGAAAAAACGCAGAAAAACAGAAAAAAUAAACACUGGAAAAUGAGAUAAAAUGCAGAAAAACA